GAGCAGACCCGUCAGUGGAGAAGAGGAAGAGGGGCAAACUGGAGUCGGGCGUGGGCAAGUUCACCCCUACCUAGAAGCUCCUCAUCCUGGGAGUAGCCCCCAGGAGGGUCCCAAGAAGGCAAAAUGUAUCCCCUCUGCUAGUCCCCCACCUGAGGAUACUGGAUUUUAGGCCUUAAAUCGCAGACUGAGUCGAAGACCCCUCAGUGUGGUUCUUUUAUUCUCCCAGGAGCUACCUGAUAACCUGUUGCAUAAGGAAGACAGGAGUGAGGACUGUUGAGUUAUUUGCUCAAGGUCAUAUACUGGAGGAGCCAAGGCAAAUAUCCAAAUGUCCCAGGGCCUAAUUCUGAGCUUUUCUUAAAGGAUAAAUUAGCCUUUCUGAUAGGAAAAGCAGUAUUUUCUUUCAUAAAGCCACUUUGUUCAGAUCGUCCAAAAACUGAUUCCUUACACCUGUGAUCUAGGCUGAGCACUAUGCCAGGUUCCCCUAAUUAAUCAAGGAAAUUACUGAGAUGUUAAUUAUUGAAGCCCCCACAGCAUGUGGUGGGGCAUAAAUGUAAAUUCUACUGACUUGUUCUGACUAAAUUCCCUUUUUUUAGAAUCCCCAGUGACAGAGUCCAACCCCAGGUAGCAUGUGCCAUGUACUUUUUCACUGACUCUGGAUAUGCAGUUGUACAACAGUAGUACCUUGAGGUCCCAAGUGAUGUGCUGGCACUCUGGUAGGAGAUUCCCUUGUAACUUGUAUACCAAGCUGGAAAUGAGUCCUCCAAAUAAGAGUUUAAAAUGCCACUUGUGGUCAUCACUACAUGGAGCUCAACUUGUAGUGGUCAAGAAAAACCAAGUGCUUAGACUAACAAAACAAAAAAUUGUAGCAUCCACUAAAUGAGGAGGCCAGUGUUUUGGUAGGACAUUGAAGGGGAAAACAGUAUGUUGAACCACUGCAUAAACAGUUACAAUUCAGUAAGUAGAGUCCUAAGGGAAGGAAGAAUAUUUCAAAAUAAAUAAAUAAAAAGUAGAAAAGGGUAAAAUAGAGCACAUAAAAGAGAAUUCUUUGGACCUGGAAAAAUAAUUCAUUCUGGUCAAACACUGUUCCCUUCUGUCUCAUUAAAUAAGAAUUCUCAGCAGCUUUUUAGUGAUGAGAAACUAGAGAAUUAUCGAGUAAAAGAGUGUAGGUUUUGGAUCCAGAAAGUCUUGGAUUUACAUUUUUGUUCCACCAACACUCUUGACUGGAACUUUGGGCAAAUUACUUAGCCUACUUGGAGUGUCUGGGGCUUUGUUCUGGGAGUCCAGGGUGCUCAGGAACAGCCCAUGGAAGAAUCAUAUGAAGAGGCGGUGACUAAGGACGUAGAGCAGGAGUGGACAUGUUUGGAUUUCCAACAGCUACCCUGCUGGACUGUCAUGGAAGAUAUGCCCAGAAUGUAGCAUUUUUCAAUGUGAUGACAGAAACCCACCACAAAUAUGAUCAUUCUGAGGCCACAGGAUCCUCAAGCUGGGACUUCCAGAAUUCUUUCAGAAGAGAGAAGCUGGAACAAAAAUCCCCAGAUUCUAAGACACUACAGGAAGAUUCACCUGGAGUAAGACAGAAGGUCUAUGAAUGCCAAGAAUGUGGAAAAUCUUUCCGGCAAAAAGGUAGUCUAACAUUACACGAAAGAAUCCACACUGGUCAAAAACCUUUUGAGUGCACCCACUGUGGAAAAAGCUUCAGGGCCAAAGGCAAUCUUGUUACACAUCAGCGAAUACACACAGGAGAGAAGCCCUAUCAGUGCAAGGAGUGUGGGAAAAGCUUUAGUCAACGAGGUAGUCUGGCCGUCCAUGAGAGACUCCACACAGGACAGAAACCCUACGAGUGUGCUAUUUGUCAGAGGAGCUUCAGGAAUCAAAGUAACCUUGCUGUUCACAGAAGAGUUCACAGCGGCGAGAAGCCCUAUAGAUGUGAUCAGUGUGGAAAAGCCUUCAGUCAGAAAGGAAGCUUAAUUGUUCACAUCAGAGUCCACACAGGCCUGAAGCGAUAUGCCUGUAGCCAAUGCAGGAAGAGUUUCCACACAAGGGGGAAUUGUGUUCUGCAUGGCAAAAUUCACACAGGAGAGACACCUUAUCUGUGUGGCCAGUGUGGAAAAAGCUUCAUUUGGGCCCAUGUUGCAGUGACAUUAUAA